AUGUGUGGCUUGUUGAAAGAAUUAUCACCAUCACCACCAUCAAUGACCAUGAUACGUUCCAGCAGUCCUGCCAUGUCAGAGAUCUCGGUGGGAUCACCCAGUCCUCCACCCAUGCAUAGAUCAUAUUUAUUAACAAACAACGCUAAAUUACACUACUCUCUGCAAAAUGGUUUAAAGCGUAUUAAAAAUGCACUGGAGACAUCACAGGCUGGGGAAUUUGUUGCGCCCAUGCCUCAACGGCGUAAAUCAAGUAACGAACGUGUUAAAAGUUUUUCCAUAGCGGAUAUAUUGGGGAAAAAGGAUGAAGAGGCGAAUGAAACAAAAAAUUGUGAACGGAAAGCAACACCACCACCUCAGGCAAUUAUGCUUCCCAAUGCAAAUGUUUCCGUAAUGGUUCCAAACACCCUGCCAUUACCCUUAACGGCUGUUGGUGCACCCGCAAAUCCUCUAAUAAUGUUAGAUUUACCAAAAGUCCUGCCACCAACAUGGAAUGAUCCCACUCGCCUGCCGCCUCCUGUUCAACUACCUUCAACUGUACCAGCCAUUCAUCCAUUUUUCCCACCAGCUCUGUUGCAUUAUGAACAACGUUUGGCCUGGGAUUAUCAACGACAAAUACAGGAACAUUUCCAUGCCCAGGCCCAGUUAUUGCGACAAAUGUCUUUAGAUCCAAAUAUUAUACCAUCUGAAGAUGGUUCAGAACGUGGCGGCUCACGAGAUUCUAGUUCGGGAGGUGGAAGUCAAUGUUGUUCACCUGAAGUUAAUGUGGCCAGUAGUGAUGAAGAUGAUGAAGGCGAUGGUGAGGAUGAUAAUAAUGGUAAUGGAAAACGACAAUCUCAAUUACAUGAACGGCUAUCACAAACCGAAUCGGAAGGUAGUAAUAAAAGCACAACGGAGAAAGGUGCAAAAAUGCCAAGUGAUACGCCAUUGGAUGCUUUAUUCCAGUUGUCAACGAAAAAUUUCGAUGAAGAUCAAGAUCCUGCCACCUUAAGCAUUUUUGCCACCCGGCCAAAUCCCAAAAAGAAACGCAAAAGUCGCACGGCCUUCACAAAUCAUCAGAUCUUUGAAUUGGAAAAACGUUUUCUCUAUCAGAAGUAUUUAUCGCCAGCCGAUCGUGAUGAAAUUGCUGCCGGUUUGGGUCUCUCAAAUGCUCAGGUUAUUACAUGGUUCCAAAAUAGACGUGCCAAACUAAAGCGGGACAUGGAGGAGCUCAAAAAGGAUGUUGAAAGUGUGAAACAAUUGUCAGCUCAUAAAAGUUUUUUAGAAAAUGUUAAUGAUUUAAGUAUUUUAAAGACCCGACCAGUCAGCCGACAUCACCACCAGCCGCCUCCCCACUCUCACCAGCAUUCGGAAGUCAGGCAUUCAGCAGCAGCGUUUACACAUGGCAACCUUGGUACAUCAGCAGGAACAGCAGCAACAACAUCGACGCUCACAGGAUCUAUCGUCAGUGUGCAACAGCAGCAGCCCAGUACAAUGCCAGUACUCCUUCACCCACACCUCCAACCACACAUUAUCCCAGUCAGGAACACGUGCAAUGAAACUGGAGACUCCCAACCCACAACAAUUAACGAUUCCAAUGAAGACACCAGCCAUACCGAUGCAGGACAACCACAAUCAUCAUCAUCACCACCACAUCAACCACCAACACGCAGCAUCAGCCAAAUCAACAACAGUCGAGGCUAA